AUGUUCAAGGCGACGGUUAUUAACUGGUCGAAAUCCGGAGUUAUUGCUAUUACUGCCUUACGAUGGUAUGCAGUCCGUGCUACGACAGCGAAAGCACUACAUAAUUCACAACUAAAACCUUUGUAUUUGGAUAUGCAGGCAACUACACCAAUGGACCCACGCGUGGUGGACGCCAUGUUACCAUAUAUGGUGAGUGCAUAUGGUAAUCCUCAUAGUAAAGCUCAUUUUUAUGGAUGGGAAGCCGAAGAAGCAGUUGAAAAAGCCCGUUUGCAGGUGGCGAAAUUAAUUGGAGCAGGUUCACGUGAAAUUAUUUUUACAUCUGGCGCUACAGAGUCGAAUAAUAUCGCCAUCAAAGGAGUAGCCAAUUUUUACAGAGAAACUGGAAAGAAUCACUUGGUCACAGUGCAGACGGAACAUAAAUGCGUAUUAGAUUCCUGUCGUCACUUGUCAACUAAGGGCUUCAAAGUGACGUAUUUACCUGUCCAGACAAAUGGAAUAAUCAGUUUAAAAGAAUUGGAAAAUGCAAUCACAAAUGAAACUAUUCUUGUGUCUAUUAUGGUUCUGAACAAUGAAAUUGGUGUUAUACAGCCUACCAAAGAAAUUGGGAAAAUAUGUCGAGAAAGGAACGUGUUUUUUCAUUGCGAUGCAGCACAAGCUGUUGGGAAAAUAUCGAUAGAUGUUAACGAUAUGAAUAUUGAUCUAAUGUCUGUCAGCGGCCAUAAAAUUUAUGGGCCAAAAGGUAUUGGAGCAAUUUAUGUUCGUCGGAGGCCUCGUGUUCGAUUGGAAGCGCAAAUGUCUGGAGGUGGGCAGGAGAGGGGCAUGCGAUCGGGAACUCUUCCAACACCUCUUGUUGUUGGCUUUGGCAAAGCUUGUGCAAUAGCAGAAGAAGAAAUGGAAAUGGAUAAAAAACAUAUCGAACGUCUGUCGAAGCGGUUAUUAGAUCGUAUAAAUUCUAAGUUAAAUCAUGUUGUGCGAAAUGGUGAUCCAGAACAAACUUAUCAAGGCUGCUUGAAUCUUUCAUUUGCUUGCGUUGAAGGUGAAAGUCUGCUGAUGGCAUUGAAAAAUGUGGCAUUGUCAUCGGGCAGCGCAUGUACCAGCGAAUCGCUUGAACCUUCAUAUGUUCUUCGGGCUAUAGGUUCAGAAGAAGAUUUGGCUCAUUCCAGCAUCAGAUUUGGGAUUGGAAGGUUCACCACUGAAGAGGAAAUCGAUUAUACGGCUGAUCUUUGUAUCAGAGAAGUGGAACGACUACGGGAAAUGAGCCCAUUAUGGGAAAUGGUCCAGGAAGGUAUUGAUUUGAAAAGUAUAGAAUGGAGCCAGCACUAA